AUGGCCGUGGUAGCGAACCAUCUUCACACGCACCUGAAGAUCGUCGUCCCAGUCGUCAUUCCGGCGCUGAAAGCGGUUGGCCAGGCGCUCGUGUGCCAGAUCCCGCUCGACCUGCUCUCGGUCGUAUGCUGCCCGCAGGCGGGCCUCCACUUCGUGCCGGCGGAUGUACCUCUGCCGCUCCGUCUCGCUCUCCCGGACAGCAUCAUACCGCCAGCUCUGCCAGACCGGAUCGCGGUCAUGGUUUGCCUGGCAUCGUGGGCACAGCGACCGGCUCUGGUUCAGCGUGGUCACGCGGUGGUGUCGGGAGGAUUCGUGGCCACAGGAGGCAAAUGUGGAUUCAGCUCUGUGGCCGCACCGGUACGUGUGGUAGACGCUGCAGCACAUUGGGAUGACGUGUGA